AUGCGCGAAUGCCUUCCAUGCAUCCCACAGGUGCUCUUCGUCCUGGGGUUACAGCUGAAGCCCGACGAUGUGCUCAAGGUCUCGGCUCCAUCCGCUUUCUUCUGGCGCUUUGAGGCCUCGGAGUUCAUUCCUCGUCCGGCCUUCCGAGUCGACGACGCGCUUCCAGUUCAGGCAGUGGAUGCUGACGGUAGCAGUCGUGUGCUGCACCUGCGGCUCACCGAUUCCUUGCAGCCCGGCCCUACCUACGGCUUCGAAGCGCGGGUGCAAACCCCAAGCACGCCACCCCCGGUGUACUACUGGAUGCUUGAGACCUAUGGCCCUGGCACGGAUGCAGGUGCAUUGGGACAGCGCUACGAAACCGGAAGUCUGCAGGCAUAUCGGCUGGAGCUGCUGACGGAGGCUAGCGUCGCGGCCUUCACCUCGAUGAGGGCGGCCAGUGGGCCAGUUACGGUGGCCUUUCGGACCGAUCAGGCAGUUCCCGUCGGCGGCACGCUCCUGAUCCGGAGUCCUAGCGACUUCGUCUUUCAGGAGCCCUGUUCAGCUUCGGCAUUGCAGCUCGGACAGGCGAUUUCCGCACAAGCGAUCGAGGCUUCCUUGCUUCGUUGCAAGGUCGUGACAGCUCGAGAGGUUCAACUGGUGCUGCUGGAGUCCAACGAUGCCCCAGGUCUAAAUGCCGGAGAGCUGUAUUCCGUGACCAUCCAUUCGGUGCUGAACCCCAUGGAACAGGGCUUUGAGGUGCUUCCGUCCAACAUCUGGGAGCUGCAAACCCGCGACGGUGAGCUUAAGGCCCUGGACGGGCCCACCUUCGUCACCGGCUUCCGUGUUGGAGAGGAGCUGCCUUUCGGAGCGCUUGCCUCGGGGCCGGCUAGUGUUGGAAUGAACAUGGCAUAG